CACCAUGUAUCUGGGUCGGACAUUUUAACGACCUCGAUAGCCCGAGCGAGCGGAGCCUUUCUGCAGAGACCUGCUGCACUGAAUUAGCCGCGUCGAUUAACACCGCCCACCUCGGACACGCCGGGACACACAGCAUGAACUCCUUAUUGUUGCUAGCCAGCCGGUAGCAUUAGCAAGCUAGCUAGCUUAAAACCUUCGAGCAGGCAGGAUGGAAAGCACCGAUGGAAUGGAGGUGGAUGGCUGGGACCCCAAUCUGGAGGAAGAGCUGGGCGUUUCUCUGGAUGAGUUGAAGAAGUGGAUUGAAGAAGCCGUGGAGAAGAGCGAGAUUGUGCAGAAGAAGAAAGCUCAGCUGACAGAGCUCAAAGAAUGGGUGGAGCAGAAGGAAGAAGAGGAAGCCAAGACAGAGAUGCUUCUCAAAGAUGCCAACCAGUCCAUACUGGAGUGUGAGAAACUGGUGAAGGAGACAUACCAGAAGAACGGUCUGGUUUACCGUGAGAGUAGCUCAGAGGAUGAGGGAGGUGUGGGAGGCCUGCUGUCCUCUGAAGUCAUCGAAAUUGACGAUGAUGACGAUGAUGACGUCAUCGCUGUUGGCUGUUUGGUUCCUCCAAAGAAGCCAAUGACACCAAGUAAAGAUCCACUGGUAAAAGACACCUCUGCAGCUUUAGAGAAAACCUCACAGCAGGUGCAGAAGUUGGUCCACAUGAUCAGCAAAACCACCCCAGGUUCACCAUCGAUCCGAUCUCCAACACAGCUUCCUUCCCAGACAGGUAUUCAGAUUGCAACACCAGCAGUGUUCGUUUCCCAGGUUUCGUCUCAUGCAAUGACCCACCCGAACCCAAACAUCACAGAGGAUGAGCUCAAGGUCGGGAUGAACAUUCUGGGAAAGAAGCGUACGAAGACGUGGCACAGAGGAGCCCUCGUUGCUAUCAACCCUGUCGGAAAUAGUAUAUUCAAGUAUAAGGUGAAGUUUGAUAAAGGAAAGAGCCUGCUGUCUGGAAAUCAUGUGGCGUUUGACUAUAACCCCACCUUGGAGAGUCUGUUUGUCGGGGCUCGUGUCGUUGCCAAGUACAAGGAUGGCAACCUGGUGUGGCUCUAUGCUGGAAUAGUGGCAGAGAUGCCCAACAACAAGAACCGCAUGAGGUUUUUAAUCUUCUUUGAUGAUGGCUAUGCCUCUUAUGUGGCGCUACCUGAGCUCUACCCUGUUUGCCGACCAUUGAAGCGUACCUGGGAGGACAUAGAGGACGCAUCAUGUCGAGACUUCAUCGAGGAGUACAUCACUGCGUAUCCUAGCAGGCCUAUGGUGCUUCUAAAGGUUGGACAGAUCAUCAAGACGGAGUGGGAGGGAACCUGGUGGAAGAGCAAAGUGGAGGAAGUGGACGGAAGCUUGGUCAAGAUCCUCUUUCUGGAUGAUAAGAGGAGUGAGUGGAUCUACAGAGGCUCCACCAGGUUGGAGCCAAUGUUCAACCUGAAGAUGACCACGGCCAACACACAGGAGAAGAAGCUAGCAGGACAGCAGAGGUCACGACCUAACAUGGGGGCGUUGAGGAGUAAAGGCCCAGUAGUUCAGUACACCAGCGACGGACAUCUUGGAGCCUCUCCUGUUAAAGCACCACAGUCCUCACCAAGCCAACCUUCACAGCCGCCACAGCCGCCACAGCCACCACAACCAUCAACACGUCCUCAGCCCCCACAGCCACAGAUCCAACAGACCCCAACGCCUCUGCCAACCCCACAGCCUCCACAGAUUCCACAGACCCCACAGAUUCAACUGACCCCACAGAUUUCACAGAUUUCACAGAUUUCACAGAUUUCACAGAUUCCACAGAUUCUACAGACUCCACAGACUCCACAGAUUCAGCAGAUUCAGCAGAUUCAGCAGAUUCAGCAGAUUCAGCAGAUUCAGCAGAUUCAGCAGAUACAGCCUCCUCGCAUUGAUAACAAACAUCAAAUGGCAAAGAAGAGCACUUCUCCAUUCAUCCCUGGAGUGGGAGGAACCCAUGCUUCCAAAAUCAUGCAGUCUCUUUCUUCUACUCCCAGCACUCUGUCUGGAAUAAGAAUAAUCGCUACUCAAAAUACUCCCACGCUCACUUUCGCACAACCGUUUCAGAGACAGCUGCCCAUUAUCACUUCAGGCCCCCUUCCUAUUACACACGCAAUGGCCACAAUCCCACACCAGCCUGCGUACCGUGCCCCGACUGACCGCAUCUUCUACCUGGCGCACACUUGUCAGCUUGCAUGUCUAAACCGGGUUCGACCUGUGAAACCAGACAUGCAUCGAGGAAAAAACCCUCUCCUUACACCUUUACUGUACGAUUUCAGACGCAUGACAGGGCGUCGCAAAGUCAACCGCAAGAUGUCCUUCCACGUGAUCUACAAGGCUCCUUGUGGUCUUUGCCUGCGUAACAUGGCAGAGAUCCAGCACUACCUCUUCCAGACUCGCUGUGACUUUUUAUUCUUAGAGAUGUUCUGUCUCGACCCCUACGUGCUCGUGGACCGGCCCUUCCAGCCUCAGAGGCCGUUCUACUACAUCCCUGACAUCACUAGCGGAAAGGAGGACAUCCCGCUCUCCUGCGUCAAUGAGAUCGAUUCCACCCCUCCUCCUAAAGUAGCCUACAGUAAAGAGCGUAUUCCUGAAGAUGGAGUUUUUAUCAACACCAGUGCAGACUUCCUGGUUGGAUGUGAUUGCACUGACGGCUGUCGAGACAAAUCCAAAUGUUCGUGUCACCAGCUGACCCUGCAGGCCACAGGCUGCACACCAGGGGCGCAGAUCAACUCAAACGCUGGAUAUUUGAACAAACGACUAGAGGAGUGCCUCCCCACAGGGAUCUACGAGUGCAAUAAGAGGUGUAAAUGCUGUGCCCAGAUGUGCACGAAUCGGUUGGUGCAGCAUGGCCUGCAGGUCCGCCUCCAGCUCUUCAAGACCCAGAACAAAGGCUGGGGCAUUAGAUGUCUGGACGAUGUGGCCAAGGGCUCUUUUGUGUGCAUCUAUGCUGGUAAAAUCUUGACUGACGACUUUGCAGACAAAGAAGGUCUUGAGAUGGGUGACGAGUAUUUUGCUAAUCUGGACCACAUAGAGAGUGUGGAGAACUUCAAGGAAGGCUACGAGAGCGAGGCCCACUGCUCGGACAGCGAGGGCAGCGGCGUGGACUUGUCCAGGAUGAAAAUUCAACCAUCAGCUUUAGUGUCUAAUAACCCCCGUGGGCAGACCAAAAAGGCUCGUAGCCCGAGUUCCUCAGGGGACAGUAACGACGAGGAUGACAAGGAUUCAAAGAGCGAAGAUGACAGUGACAGUUCAGAUGACACAUUUGUGAAGGAGAACUACUUCAACUCCAGCUCUGUGUGGAGGAGUUACACCACACGGGGUCAGGUGAAAGGCAACAAAGAAGGGAGUCAAGACAGUAAAGAUGGAUUGCCUACUUCUGUCAGAGGAGCUGAAGAAGAUAAGCCCCCAUCCAUGCCAGAGGAGACAGGGAAGAGUAAGGUGGCCUUGUGGCUUACCAGCCAGGGAAUGAAGAAGGAAUCUGGAGAUAGCAAAAGUCAAGUGAAGUCAGAGACAGGAAAGAAGCAGGACGUGAUGACUCUGUCUGACAGCGAUGAUGUUCAGACCAUCAGCUCUGGAUCUGAUGAUAACAAGGAGAGGGAAAAGGUUACCCCAGGUGUGGUGAAGAAGCAGGUAGCUGUGAAAUCUACUCGAGGCUUUGCUUUGAAGGGCAGCCAUGGGAUGAUGGUGAAAACAGGUCCACCUGGAGGCGGGGGAGGGCAGGGGGGUCAGGGCGGGAAAUCAGGACAGCAGGGACAGACUGGAGCAGGAGGUGAAAACGUUUCAAAAAACACUCGUCUCUUCUUUGAUGGAGAAGAGUCCUGUUACAUCAUUGAUGCCAAGUUGGAAGGAAAUCUUGGGCGUUACCUCAAUCACAGCUGUAGUCCUAACCUUUUCGUCCAGAACGUGUUUGUGGACACACAUGACCUGCGGUUUCCCUGGGUGGCGUUUUUCGCCAGCAAGCGGAUACGGGCCGGCACAGAACUGACCUGGGACUACAACUACGAGGUGGGCAGUGUGGAGGGGAAGGUGCUACUCUGCUGCUGUGGAUCCACUGAGUGCAGAGGAAGACUGCUGUGAUCUUCAUCCAUCAUCAACUUCACUCCCUUAGCUACAUCUAUAGGAAACUUAGAGGAGCCCUACAACACUGUAACUUUGUGUUUUCUUUUUUUAUAAGCUGAAUCACAAGUUUUAUUAUAUUGCAGCUGUUUUGUUGCCUUUAUUUUGUAUAAACAUAUUUUCCUGAUUUGUCUCAUUUUAUCCAUGCUGUGUUUCUGAAUAAAAGUUUUUUUUUUCCUGAAGGAA